UCGGCUAUCUCCGGACCUAAGGCUGAGACGCUGUGGCGCUUGGGUGUUUGGGGCUGGUCCGGGACCGGAAGUGCGUGGGCUUCCCGGCUGGCCCUCGUUAGGGUUUUUAGGAAACCUGGAAGCGGCGGCGAUAGUUGAAGUCUAAACACUCUUGUGACGGCCUCCGGGUGCCCUGUGAGAGGAAAGGGGAGGAUGCCACUGGGAUCAUCUUCCUCUUCGAUGCCGCUACCCUUCCCUUCUCCCUUACCCUCGGUACCAGACAAUAUUUCUAACUCUUCCCCUCCCCCAAUGUCUUACAUCACUUCCCAGGAGAUGAAGUGUAUUCUUCACUGGUUUGCCAGCUGGUCAGGUCCUCAGCGUGAACGUUUCCUACAGGACCUGGUAGCUAAGGCAGUACCGGGAAAAUUGCAGCCACUGCUGGAGAGUCUGGAGCAGCUUAGCGUGUCUGGAGCAAACCGACCACCUUGUAUCUUUGAGUGCCAGCUACGUCUUUGGGAUCAGUGGUUUCGAGGCUGGGCUGAGCAGGAGCGCAAUGAAUUUGUCAGGCAGCUGGAGGUCAGUGAGCCAGACUUCGUGGCAAAGUUUUACCAAGCAGUGGCUGCUACCGCUGGUAAAGACUGAUAGGCAUUAAAAUCAAAGAAGAUAACCAGAGCUAAUGGAGCCGAGGCCACAACUUUACUAUCAGAACUUCAAAUGUAUCACUUAAAGGCCUGGGGAUGGUGUUCCGAUCAGCUGACUGAACUCGCUGACCAGUACAGGCCUGGUGAUUUCAACAGCCGAUCAACUGGAUUCCUAGUGUAAAUGUUUUCCAUCGAAGCAAAUCCAGAUCAGCAGUCUGUCUCCUAGCUUACUUCCUUCCAAGAGAUGUCAAACCCUCAAGAAUUUAAAGAUUUCUUUUACAACUAUAACCGAAAGGAAUCUACACAUUAUAACUCAAGCCUACUGCCGGCCCAUAGGGGUAUAAAAUAGAGCCCUUCUACUCCAGAAACAAGAGAGAAGGACAAUAAAAGGUCAUGUUCUUAUAAUUUAGCUGGAUUCAGAUGGCUGCUUUCACCACUGUUACCAAAUUCUGGCAUGAUUAUGUGAUAUCCCAACUACUAGCUUUCCUAGUGAUGAUUUAGUAAAAUUAUGGAAAAAUCAGGAGGUGGAGAUAAUUAGCUACUCCUUCCUCCACACUGAUGUUGGUUUGAAUCCAAGUAGCAAUGAUUUUUUUCUAAAGUAUAUAUGACAUCCUUGGAGCUGGUAGCAGAUGUUCCUAUUCUAUAAGUUUGCUUUACAACAAUAUGAAAACAAGUGACAUUCUUUACAGGUUGAAGGGUUUAUUUUUUGUAUCAAAAUAAAGAACAGAUUUUCAGAAC